AGUCCGUUGAGUUCGUUAGGACUUUCGACCAACGGAAAAUCACCUGACGCAAAAAAGAAGAGGCUCUUUUACAAUGGCAAAUCCAAGGAUUCGCACUUUGACUUGGUGGAGAAAGUGGGCGAAGAGGGAUUGGGCCAUCGCAGCCGUCGGAUUCACCAUCAUCCUCUUCGCUUUCACUCUCCUCUUCGAUUCUCGAAACCCCGAUCUCAACUCCACCGACGAUCUCGUUCCCUUGACUUUGCUCCACAGAGCCAAAGCUACAGGCGCCUUUUGCUUAGAUGGAAGUUUACCUGCAUACCAUUUCCAGAAGGGCUUUGGAUCUGGCUCUAACAGUUGGGUUCUCCACAUUGAGGGUGGAGGUUGGUGUAAUUCGAUAGAAUCAUGUAAUUAUCGAAAAAGAACAGCUUUAGGUUCCUCAAAUUACAUGGACCAACUAGUUCAAUUUUCUGGCAUUUUAAGCCGUCAUCCUUCUCAAAAUCCUGAUUUUUAUAAUUGGAAUAAGGUUAAGAUACGUUAUUGUGAUGGUGCAUCUUUGGCUGGCCACCCUGAAAGUGAGUUCAAGAAUGGAACAAAGCUUUUCUUCAGAGGCCAACUCAUUUGGGAAGCAUUUACGGAUGAACUCUUAUCACUUGGAUUGUCUAAUGCUAAACAGGCACUUCUUUCAGGGUGCUCUGCCGGUGGGUUGGCAACUCUUAUACAUUGUGACGACUUUCGAGAUCAUCUGCCAAACGAUGCAACUGUCAAGUGUCUUGCUGAUGCUGGUUUUUUCCUUGAUGAGCCAGAUAUUCUUGGAAAACGCACCAUGAGGGCUUUCUAUCAUGAUGUUGUCCAACUACAGGGUACAGCAAAAAGUUUGCACAAGAAUUGUGUCGGAAGAAUGGAACCAUCUAAGUGUUUCUUUCCUCAAGAAAUUGUCAAAAAUGUUAGGACCCCACUGUUCAUUGUCAACCCAGCUUAUGAUUUUUGGCAGAUACAACAUAUCUUAGUCCCUGAUUCAUCAGAUCCUCAUGGCUACUGGAGCAGAUGCAGAUUGAACAUUCAGAAUUGUAAUUCUAGCCAGAUUGAAACACUACAAGGUUUCCGUAAUUCUCUGCUUAAGGCACUAAGUGAGCUCCAGCAAAACGAGGAAGUGGGUAUGUUUAUAAAUUCUUGCUUUAUUCAUUGCCAGACAUUGAUGGCUGAGACAUGGCAUUCGCCCAGAAUCAACAAUAAGACCAUUGCAGAGUCUGUGGGUGAUUGGUACUUCAACCGUAAAGUAUUGAAGCAGAUUGAUUGCCCAUAUCCAUGCAAUCCCACUUGCUAUAACAUGGACUUCACACGAGGUUUAUGAAGCACAUCUCUAUUACUGAUUUUCUCAAGAUCUCCAAUUUAAAAAAUAAUCCUGGUGAAGAUUUUUCCACUCUGCAUUCAAAGAAGGAUCUUGGAUAUUGAAAGACAGUAUGUAGAAUCAGAUCACUUUUCAUAGUUGAUGUCAGAUCAUCACUUGAUUUGCUGCUGUAAAAGUGGAGUUUAUAUUUGACCAGAGGAAGUGAACUUUCAUCGGAGUUGUUUCAUAUACUGAGAAUUUAGACACCCUGCAAAGUUCAGAACACUGUCCUCUGUCCUCAUCUGGAGAUAAAUUCAAUGCACUCUUUGUAUAUCAUCCUCCAAUUGUUUACUUAGCUUCAAUUUAGGUCUUGAUUUUUAUCCAAUUGCAUUUCAUCUUCACACCUUUUAUCAAUAUUUGGUAAUUAAGUUGAGAGGUAUGACUACCACCUGGCUAA